AUGAAGGAACGAAUUCGAUGUGUUCAAACAGUUAUAGUUAUUGGUUCAUCCAGUGCCAUGUCCCUAAAGAGAAAGUUAUGUCAUUGCAUCUUCUUCGCCGGCGCUCUCUUCCUCUUCAUAUCGUUGUUCGCUAGAAAUCUUCCAUUCAUUUUAGUUGAUGAUAUAAAGAGGAUUCAAUUCAGAUCGGACGAGGUGCGGAGUGUCAUUGAUCCUUGCAUGGAGCAAAAUAGAAGUGUGGGAGUUGAAGCUUUGCCUAAAGGCAUAGUUACCCUAACGACCGACUUGGAGAUGCAGAAACUUACUGGAGGUCGUGAAAACAAAAGUUCUUCGAAAAGCUUACUUGCUCUAGCAGUUGGAAUCCCACAAAAACAAAUUGUGAAUGAAAUUGUUGAAAAGUUCCUCAGCAACAAUUUCACUGUAAUGCUCUUACACUACGAUGGAAUUGUCGAUGAAUGGAACGACUUGGAAUGGAGCAAUCAAGUCUUGCAUGUCUCAGCUAUGUAUCAAACAAAGUGGUGGUUUGCUAAACGUUUCUUACACCCGGAUAUAGUCGCGGAGUAUGAGUACAUCUUUAUUUGGGAUGAAGACAUUGGAGUUGAACAUUUUCAUCCUAGAAGAUACUUGGAAAUUGUUAAAAGGGAGGACCUUGAUAUUUCACAACCUGCACUUGGUGACAAGAGUUCUUUUCACUACAUCUUCACGAAACGUCAAAGCCAAAGAGAAGUGCACAGGCAUGUGUUGAGAGUUUUUGAUCUCUCUCAGAAUUGCACCGAGAAUGCUACUCAAUUUCCAUGCACAGGGUUUGCAGAAAUUAUGGUUCCUGUGUUCUCAAGAGUUGCAUGGAGAUGUGUAUGGUCUAUGAUUCAAAAUGAUUUGGUUCAUGCUUGGGGCAUAGAUUUUAAGUUUGGUUAUUGUGUUCAGGGCGACAAGACCGAAAAGAUUGGCGUGGUGGAUAGCGAAUACAUUGUGCACAAGGGGCUUCCUACACUCGGAGGAAAAGUAAUAAAGAGAUGCGUCGCCGAGAUGAAUACUUUUCACAAGAGAUGGCAACAGGCUGCAGACAAAGACUUGUGCUGGACUGAUCCAUACAAACCUCGGAACGAAUAA